AUGGUAUCACCAUACGAGGUUCCACAUAUUGAAAUUUGCGGCCAAAGCACCACACUUACGUUUGUGCAAUGCGACGUCAUGUACAUGAAUUGGACAACUGUCUCACUCCCAAAUUGCUACGACAAGAUCCGAUUCGGUGACAACUCGACAUGGUCUCCAAGCCAGUGUUACCUGUUUGAGGUCAAUGGCACUUUGCAUUAUGGCGUCGAAGAAACCCCAGCACCUGACUCACCAGAAAUUCGUCGUAUCGACAUUUAUUGGCUCAUCAAUUCUCUUUCAAACAUUACUGAAGCUAGUGUUGGCAUUCCAUCUAUUACGAUCAUGCUUUACGACCCUCGAUUCAGUAGAUGGGAUCCAAAAGCUGUGAACCAUAUGAUCCCUCAAGAGGUUGCAUUUUCAACCGAAAUGACUCAAGGAAACUAUCGAUCAACGUCACUACGCAAUUAUACCAGCACUUUGUUCUUUACACCAUCAAGAUACCGUGCUAUACCACCGCAUGAUUCUGGGUCUUUGCUAGGAUUUGAACCAUCAUUUGUUGAUAUCUAUACGAUAUCAUCCACCCAAUUAGAUUGGCCUAUGCAUCGUCAAGACAACAUUAAUUUAACGCGUGGUGAUUACCAUGGAUUGUUUUCGGUGCAAUUAUCCAAGGCGACCUAUGAUGUCAAGACCGAGCAACGACAACAUACAUUACUAUCAGCGGUGGCAUUAGCAGGCGGAGCUUAUGGAGCUAUUACGACCUUAUACACUGUGAUGUUUGGCAUGGUGCGACAUUCUCCAUGGGGCAUGGUUCAUCAACUUCCUUUGACUGUAGUGCGUGCCGUUGACAAGGUGUCCGAUAAAAGAAACAAACGACAACGAUUACUUAGUAAUGAUCAUCAUUCUCGAUCAUCAUCACCACUUCCUCCUCCACGUCCUCCUCAAAAUAAUAGCAGCUCUGAUGAUGACGAAGUAGAAAUGGCUAUUGUGGAAUCAACACCUCUUCCUUCUUUGGGUCGUAAAUCAUCCGAUGAUCAUCCAUCACCACCUCCACCUCUUUACCAUCACCAACCACCUUCUUCUCCUGAUACCACCGAUCCACCCUAUCAUGGCGAUCGUGAUCGGAUACAACACUUGGAGACUCGCAUGCUGGAAAUGCAAGAGGUGCUAAGAGAGUACUAUAUCAACAUGGACUUUUUGGAUCAGAUGCGAGACGUACGUCGUAGGCGGACAAGAGGUGUGCCAUGGCUUCAUCGAUCCUCUACCAGUAGUGGCAAUCCUAGCAUUGCUAAACGGGACAACAGCAGUAGAGACGUACUUGGUGGAUGGUUGUACGAAGAUGAUCCACGCAAAUGA